AUGGAAGACGUCCCGCUCGAGCACGGCUCGCCGGCGCACCUUCUCCCACCGAGCUGGAAGACCCAGGUCACGGCCUGGCUGGCCGAGGACACGCCCACGUUCGACUACGGCGGCUUCGUCGUCGGCAACGACGCGCGCACAGCGACGCUCUGGGGCAAGUCGGGCGGCAUCAUCGCGGGCCGGCCGUUCGUCGACGAGGUCUUUGCGCAGUGCGGCUGCGCCGUCGAGUGGCACGUCAAGGAGGGCUCGCACGUCGAGCUGCGCGGCCACGGCGCCUCUCCCAAGGGCAAGAUGCGCGUCGCGACCGUCACCGGCCCCGCGCGCGGGAUCCUGCUGGGCGAGCGGGUGGCGCUCAACACCCUGGCGCGGUGCUCUGGCGUGGCGAGCAUGACGCGGGGCAUGCUGGUGAACCUCCGCGCCGCCGGCUACGCCGGCGUCCUCGCCGGCACGCGCAAGACGACGCCCGGGUUCCGCCUGGUGGAGAAGUACGGCAUGCUCGUCGGCGGCGCCGACGCCCACAGGAUGGACCUGAGCUCCAUGAUCAUGCUCAAGGACAACCACGUCUGGAGCAAGGGGAGCAUCACCAACGCCGUCAAGGCGGCCAAGAGCGUCGGCGGCUUCAGCCUCAAGGUCGAGGUCGAGGUGCAGACCGAGGACGAGGCGGACGAGGCCAUCGCCGCCGGCGCCGACGUCGUCAUGCUGGACAACUUCACCGGCGAGGGCGUCAAGGUCGCCGCCAAGAGCCUCAAGACUAAGUGGGCGGGCAAGAAGCACUUCCUGGUCGAGGUCUCGGGCGGGCUGACGCUGGAAAAUGUGGAGGACUACGUAUGCAAUGAUGUGGACAUUCUUUCAACGAGCGCCAUCCACCAGGGCGUGCCGCACGUCGAUUUCUCGCUCAAGGUCGAGCACUAG